AGAAGUUACUCUUUGAAGAUUUACACAAUGAGUUGGCAAUGUUAUGUGAGCGAUCAGUUGAUGACACCGGGGGAGAUGUGUAGUGCUGGAAUCUAUGGUUUGGAUGGUGGAGAAUGGGCGGGCGACGGCAUUGUUAGACCACAGCCUCAAGAAAUAACGAGGAUUAUUAACAUCAUCCAGGGUAAAGAUUGUGACUUUAAUGGAAUCAAAAUUGGUGGGAUCAGCUUCCUAUAUGUAUCACAUGACCCGCAGGAAGGGUCAAUCAUCUUGAAUCGUAUCGGAGCUCCAUCUGACAAGGAAAAAUAUGUCUGCUGUGGAUAUUUAGCAAAGAGCUGCUUCGUGUUUGGUGCUGUCGUAGGUAACUACAGGAUGGGGAAAAUUUUAGGGAAAAUUUCUUUGGUUUAA